AUGAAGCUCGCCAUGACUCUUGCCCUGGUCACCCUGGCUCUCGGCUGUAGUCUUGCUUCCGCAGAGGUCUGCCAGAGCUUUCUAAACGUCACGGAAGCCCUCUUCACGGGCACGCUUUCCGGUUACAAGGCCGCCGUCGAACCUUUCCUGCCAGACGCGGACAUGAAAGGCGCGGGGAUCCAGCUGAAGACGGUAGACACGCUUCCUCGGAAGGCCAAGGAGAGCGUCUUAAAGCUCACGGCACCCAGCUUCCUUGACUCACGCAGUCUGAGAGCGGAUCUCCCCCCUCGCUUGGGUGCAGCCUGGGCCCAUUUUUUGGAGCCUUUUCUGACCCGGUGCAAAUAUCCCUGGGGAAGCAGGUGGGACCACAUCAGUAACCAAGUGGUCCCAGAGAGAUAA